AUUUAUUAUUUUUUUUUAAUUAAACUAUAUUUAAUUUAUAAAUUAUUGGUUAAUUAUAAAAGAAUGUCAGGUAAUUCAACAUUACCAUCUAUUGAUGAUUCAGUUACAGAAUGGACAAACGAUAUGUUUUCACCAGAACUUCAGGCAGCAAUCAGAGAUAUUGUACCAGUAGCAGAUAAAGAUUUUGACAAACAUGACUUUAGCCCAGUUUCUUAUAUUAAUGAACAUUUUCCAAAUGAACAAGCAUUACCUAAAUUGGAUAAUUUUAUGAAUAGAUUAAAAUUAAAGAUUAUUAAAAUUGACGAGGAGAUCAUUCAAGAAGUUAGAUUACAAAGUAUUAGUGGUACUAAAGGUAAAGAGGAUUUGGAGAAUGCUAAGCGUUCAAUUCAAGAGUUAUUAAACAAAAUUACAGAUAUUAAAAAUAAGGCUAUUCAAUCAGAACAAAUGGUAACAGAGAUUUGCAAAGAUAUUAAAUCAUUAGAUUAUGCCAAAAAGAAUUUAACAACAGCUAUUACAACAUUAAAGAGAUUACAUAUGAUGGUUAUGGGUGUUGAACAAUUAAAAGAUAUGGUUGAUAAAAAACAAUAUGGCACAGUUGCAAAAUUAUUAGAAGCUACAGCUCAAUUUGCAGAGGGUUUCAAAGAUUAUAGAGAUUCACCAAAAAUCUAUGCACUAAAUAAAGAGUUGGAUAAUUUGAGAGCCAAGGUAAAGAAUCAAAUUUAUGAAGAUUUUAAAAAUUAUAUACCAUAUACAUCAAACCAAAUUAAACCAAAUGAGGAGAAUAGAUGGAAAUCAUCAUGUUAUGUUAUUGAUGCAUUGGGUACAGAGGUUAAAAAAGAUUUUUUAAGAUGGUUUUGUGAUAUUCAGUUAUCAAGCUAUAAGAGUGCAUUUGGUAUUGCAUCAGAACAUUAUACAAUUGAUAGUACAAAGAGAAGAUACGAAUGGUUACAAAGACAACUUAAAACAUUUAGAGAAGAGUAUGCAUUGGUGUUUCCACCUGAAUGGUGUAUGGAGGAGCAAAUCUCAUAUGAAUUUUGUAUUGCAACUCGUUUGGCAUUAUCAGAAAUCCUUUUAAAUAAUAAAAACUCUAUUGAAGUACCAUCUUUAAUUAAGGCAUUAAAAAGAACAUUGGAGUUUGAAAACAAAUUAUAUGAAAUUUUUGCACAAACCAAUCAAAAAUUAGCAUCACCAACUACAUCAACACCAACUAAUCAAAGUGAAAGAGGAUCAGAUUCAGAUGAAGAAGAGGAUUCAGAUGAAGAUAAUCAACAAAGUGGUGAAUCUAAAAAUAAUAGUGAGGAUGCAAUUAGAAAGAGAUGGGAGGCUAGAGUUGAAAAAGAUAAAAAGAAAGAAAUGGAAAAGAAUCAAGAAGAACAAAAAUCAUCAGUCGAAAUUCCAAAAUCAUAUGAAAGAUUCAAAGGUAUUAUUUCAACUUGUUUUGAACCAUAUAUGGAUUUAUAUAUUAAAGAGGAAGAUAAACUUAUGGGAGAGGUUUUAGAUAAAGUUAUAAGUGAAGAGAAAUGGACAAUCUCAAGUGAAGAGUCAAAUAAAAUUCUUACUUCAUGCACUGAUUUGGUAUAUCAUUUCAUCAAAGUUAGAAAUCGUUGCUCAGAGCUUACCAAAAGAGAACCAUUCUUUAAUCUUUAUCAUUUAUUUAGAAAAUAUUUAACUCAAUAUGCAAAUAUAAUUUCAAGUAAAAUACAUAGUGAUGUUGGUAGAAUACAUGAUGCCCAAGAAGAUAAAACAAUUUGUUUAAUUAUUAAUACAGCAGAAUUUUGCAGAAAAACAGCAGGUCAAAUGACAGAUGGAUUUAAGAAACUUAUUGACGAAAAAUAUAAAGAUCAAAUUGAUUUGAAGGACGUUCAAAAUGAAUUCAGUAGUAUUAUUGCUAAAGGUGUUAAAUCAUUAGUUAGUGGAUUAGAGGCAAAAUUAGACCCACAUCUUUUAUCAAUGACACGUACAGAUUGGGGAGAAAAGUAUCAAUAUGUUGGUGAUAAUUCACCAUAUGUAAAUGAAGUUGUUGGUAUUAUCGCUGAUCAAAUUCAAAUUGAACUUGUAUGGUUAUCAGUAGACCACUAUAAAUAUUUCUGCGAUUUGUUUGCUGGUUCAUUUGUAUUACGUAUCACCCAGUCAAUUUACAAGUGUGGUCGUGUAUCAGAAAUUGGUGCUCAAGGUAUUCUUUUAGAUAUUACAACUAUUAAAACCAUUCUUUUAGAGCUUCCAAAUAAAGUUAAAGAUAAUCGUAGUAAUAAUCGUUACACUAAAUUGGUCAAUAAAGAAUUUUCAAAAGCUGAAAACCUCCUCAAAGUUGUUGGUUGCCCAACCAAUCUCCUUGUCGAAACCUAUAAAGAAUUAUUCCCAGAUGGCUCUGAUCAAGAUUUCCAAAAAAUCAUGGACCUCAAAGGUUAUAAAGUUGGUGAUAAAAUUCAAACUGAAUUGUUUGAAAAACUCUCUAAAUUUGGAUCAAUUGGUACAUCAAUUAAAACUAAAUUUUUUAAUAAUUAAUAAUAAUAAAAAUACCAAACAAAUAAAAGAAAUGCUUUCUUUUUUAUAUUUUACCAAAAUAUAAAAAUAAAAUUAAAUAAAAAAAAUGUUACACU